GUGAGAUCAAUUUCUUCAUCCGUUAGAGCUACCUAGUGGGAAUUAGAUUAAUUGGAAAUUAUGGGAAGGCCACCUUGCUGUGACAAAGUUGGUGUGAAGAAGGGCCCGUGGACUCCAGAGGAAGACAUCAUCUUGGUCUCUUACAUUCAAGAACAUGGUCCUGGGAAUUGGAGAUCACCAACUAACACUGGUUUGCUGAGAUGCAGUAAGAGUUGCAGACUUAGAUGGACUAAUUAUCUCCGCCCGGGUAUCAAACGCGGUAACUUCACUGAUCAUGAGGAGAAGAUGAUAAUCCACCUCCAAGCUCUUCUGGGCAAUAGAUGGGCAGCCAUAGCUUCAUAUCUUCCUCAGAGAACAGACAACGACAUAAAAAAUUACUGGAACACCCACUUGAAAAAGAAGCUGAAAAAGCUUCAGACAGGACUUGAUGGUCAUGACCAUCACAACCACCAGGAUGGUAAUUCACAUGAUCAGCCAAUCUCCAAGGGUCAAUGGGAGAGAAGGCUUCAGACUGAUAUCCACAUGGCCAAGCAAGCUCUUUGUGAGGCUCUCUCCAUUGACAAACCAAAUGUUAUUAGUACCACUACUGUUUCUCAUGACCUUCACUUGCAAGACUUGAAGCCCUCCAUUAAUAUAGGUAAUUACAAUAUUAAUGAUAACCCUAGCACUAGCACAAGGCCACAUCAUACCUCCACGUAUGCAUCCAAUACCGAAAACAUUGCGAAAUUGCUCGAAAACUGGAUGAAAAAUUCGCCAAAGGUUUCCGCUCAUCAAACAAACUCGGAUCAGACCAAUGCUGAUCAGACCAAUUCCUUCAACAACAACAACAACAACGACAACGACAACAAAGGUGGCGCUACUGCAACUACUAGAGGUCGUUCAAUGAGCACUUCUAGUGAAGGGGCGCACAGCGCAACCACCACGCCGGAUCAGGCUUUCGAUUCGUUGUUCAGCUUCAACUCAUCCCCAUCGGAUGUGUCUCAGUCCAUGUCAGUGGAUGAGAACAAUGCAAAUUUCAUAGCAGAUCAGGCAAGCUGUCUGUUUCAGGAUGAGAGCAAGCCCAAUUUGGAGGGACAAGUCCCUCUCUCAUUGCUGGAGAAGUGGCUCCUUGACGAUGCUGCACCUCAUGCCCACGAAGACCUAAUCAACAUAUCAUUGGAGAAUGGUGCAGGCUUGUUUUGAAAAAAAAAACAAAAAAAAAACAAGAUCAAGUACUAUAAAUAGGGUUUCUUUUGUUUAAAACAAAAGAUGAUCGAGUACUUAAUUAGGGUUUCUUUUGUUUAAUUUCUUUGGAAUUAGGCUUUUGAGCUUUGUAGCUAGCUAGCCAUCCUUGUAGUACUCCUUUUAUUUUGUCAACUAGCCUAAGCAGAAAGAUAACACCACCUUAAUCAAAAAACAGAAAAGUGUAAAUUAAUUAAAGUAUAUCCAUACUUACGUAUCUGCUUUUGCUCUGGAGAAUAAUGAAUCAAGCUGUUUAAUUUCA